AUGUCAAAGAAGUGGAUCAAGAAGGGGUCCGAGGCCGAGGUGGGAGCGGACGCCCCUGCACAGGAGGCUGCGGACGAGCCGAUCACGUCCCCCUUGCUGCUGGAGAAAUUCGCCGGCCCCACCUACGACAAAGUAUUUUUGCUCGGUCUUGCCACCGCCAUCAAGAAAGCGAGCAAGGUUCCCGGAGCUGACGAGCAGCCGUCCGUCGCACGCGAGGUGUCGCUCACGGCCCGCCCCGACACCGGCCCGGGCGAGAUGACCCCGGCCGAGCGCCGCGCGCAGCGGGAGGCGCUGAAGCAGGCCAAGGCGACGCGGCGGACCAACAGCCAGAUAUUUGUCGAUGACCCCGAGGAGGUCGGCAGCAUCUCGGUCAACGCCCCGUUCUCGCCGGCAGCCUCCAUGAACCCCGCCAUGAUGGCGUAUUUGCAGAGCAUGACUGCCAUGUACGGGGCGUACGGGGCGAACCCCGCAGGCUACACCACGGUCAUGCUGCGGAACAUACCCAACCGCUACACGCGCGAGAUGCUGGUUGAGAGGCUGAACAAGGGCUACAAGGGACAGUUCGACUUCGUUUACCUGCCAAUCGACUUCGAGAGCACUUGCAACGUGGGGUACGUAUUCAUCAAUUUCCGCACGCCGUUCAGGAUGCGGGAUUCGGCUUGCUCCGAUGGCUUGUGCAUUGCGGUGGUCUUUCCUGUAGUGUAG